AUGGAAGCUAAUAAUUCUAAUGUUUCGCGAGCUGAAGAACUUAAACUCCUUGCAAAUGAAGCAUACAAAGCUCAUAAAUUUGCUCAAGCAAUUGAUCUGUAUACACAAGCGAUUGAAGUAAACAGUCAGAAUGCUGUGUACUGGGCCAAUCGUUCAAUUGCCCACCUUAAACUGGAGGAAUAUGGCAGUGCCAUACAAGAUGCUUCUAAGGCUAUUGAAGUUGAUCCUAAAUACUCAAAGGGAUAUUACAGGCGAGGUGCAGCUUAUCUUGCUAUGGGGAAAUUUAAAGAAGCACUAAAGGAUUUUCAGCAGGUCAAAAGAAUCCGUCCAAAUGAUCCUGAUGCUACCAAGAAAUUGAAGGAAUGUGAGAAAGCAGUGAUGAAGCUUAAAUUUGCAGAAGCAAUUUCUGUACCAGAGUCUGAAAGGCGUCCUGUAGCUGAUUCUAUUAAUUAUCGUUCUAUAGGAAUGGGCCCCAGUACAUCAUCAGUGUCCGCCGAAGUUGCCGUAGCAGCACUGGCAAUGACAGUUGGGGCAGCGAUGGUUAUGAUGAGAACAGCAGUGACUGCAGUUAUGGCCACAGUAGUGGUGGUGGUCAUGGUGGCCCUGGGGGCACGUUGGUGGCGUGGCUUCCAUGGUGGUGUCUAUACCAAGAGUCGAGUACAUGACCUAGAUGUGGAGCCACAAUAUUCAGGUGCAAGGAUAGAAGGAGAUGUUGUUACUUUGGAUUUCGUGAAGAAAAUGAUGGACGAUUUCAAGCAUCAAAAGAAUUUACACCAACGAUAUGCCUUCCAAAUUGUCUUACAAACGAAAGAAAUGUUGCAAGCCCUGCCUUCUCUUGUCGAUAUAAACGUUCCUAAGGGCAAUCAUUUUACUGUUUGUGGUGAUGUACAUGGUCAGUUCUAUGAUCUCCUAAAUAUUUUUGAGCUUAACGGGCUUCCUUCAGAGGAGAAUCCGUAUCUAUUCAAUGGAGACUUUGUGGAUAGGGGAUCUUUUUCGUUGGAGGUGAUCCUAACAUUGUUUGCAUUUAAGUGCAUGUCUCCAUCAGCAAUAUAUCUUGCAAGAGGAAAUCACGAGAGCAAGAGCAUGAAUAGGAUAUAUGGUUUUGAGGGCGAGGUCCAGUCCAAGUUAAGUGAAAAAUUUGUGGAGCUGUUUGCUGAAGUGUUUUGUUGUUUACCGCUGGCUCAUGUAAUAAAUGGGAAGGUUUUUGUAGUUCAUGGGGGUCUUUUCAGUGUUGAUGGGGUUAAACUCAGUGACAUUAGAGCAAUUAAUCGGUUUUGUGAACCUCCUGAGGAAGGGUUGAUGUGUGAAUUGCUGUGGAGUGAUCCACAACCUACACCUGGAAGAGGCCCGAGCAAGCGAGGUGUAGGCCUUUCUUUUGGCGGUGAUGUGACAAAAAGAUUUUUGCAGGAAAACAAUUUAGAUUUAGUUGUGCGCUCUCAUGAAGUAAAGGAUGAGGGAUAUGAGAUUGAGCAUGAUGGCAAACUCAUCACUGUUUUUUCUGCUCCAAAUUACUGUGAUCAGAUGGGUAACAAAGGCGCCUUUAUCCGUUUCGAAGCACCAGAUUUGAAGCCCAACAUUGUUACUUUUUCAGCAGUGGACCAUCCUGAUGUCAAGCCGAUGGCAUACGCGAAUAACUUCCUCCGACUCUUUCAGUAA